AUGAAAUUCACCUCCGUAUUCAUACUAAUUCCAUUGUUUUGGACCUAUGUCGUUCAUGCAACCUAUGAUGUCAACUAUCAAUUCAACUUUAACAAACGUGCCGAUAAUGAAACGAAUACCACGGUUGACGCUACCAGCGCACCCCUCAAUCUUACUACCAUGAUUGUUCAAGUUUAUGAAUCAGGUAUGAUUCAAGAAUUAUUGUAUAAUUUCACUUCAUCCCAUGAAAACAAUGAAGCUCUUGCCAAUGCCACCGUUGCCUUUUUACAAAACUCAGAGGGUGCCACUAGUCUCUUAUCCAGUUUAAACAUCACCAUUAACACCACUCAGAUUUUGAAUGCAGUUAUGGCAUCUGGUCUUAUUCAGCAAGUUGCUGAUGGUUUACUUGUAAACGACACCAAUAGACAAGCAUUGGGUGCUAUGGUUGGAAGUCUUUUGGGUAGUCCAGAUUUUGUUUGGGUAUCUUAUUUGAUUAAGGGAUUAGGUGAAGGUGAACAAUUAACUCUUGAUUGGAUAGUUGAUGUGAUCACCAACUCUAAGUCGAAGGCUAAUACCAAUGAAGAUAACCAAUCCGAUAUCCGUAUUGCAAGACUUAGAAAGAGAGCUGAUAAUGAUACCACAACUGCAAGCAACACCACAGCUACUAGCGACUUUGAGGGUACAUUCAAUGCUUUUAUUGGUAAUAUCAUCAGUCAAGUUGUCAACUCGGACCUUAUUACUCGUACAAUCACCGAAGUCUUAAAUGCUGUGACACAAUCAAAGAUUGUAGUUCCAUUAAUUAUGCAAUCCCUUCAAUUACCAGGUCUCGGUGAUCUUUUAGUUACAAUGGUUACUACUAUGUACAGAGGUGGUAUAUUUAAUAAUAUCCCACUCCAAGCAUAUUUUGAAAUGCUCAAGGAAGAACAUAUUUUGGCUGAACAAACUCAAGCAUUAUUCACCCACCCAGUAUAUGGACCAGCUAUAGGAAAAUUAUUUAAACAAAUGGAAGAUGCGGGUGUUUAUCAAAGAAUACAAGACAAUAUGUAUGGCCCUCAUAAACGUAAUUAG